AUGAGGGGAAACGUGUCUCACCUAUCAACUUCCGCUCUGAGUGAACUCCCCCCAUCGUCGCAUGGGACCUCGCGUGACGACAAUGAACAGGACGAAUCUAGCCGUCAUACGCCCACAACCAACCCUUACCCUUUGCAAUCUCGGAAUGUCAUUACGCCUCCCAUGCGUACCCGCACUCCAAGUGGCGUUCUUGCUCGACUUCAGAGGGUUAUAAGACCUGUCUCCAAACUCGCUGCUGCAUCAUCGCGAGCCUCUGAGAUGCGCCAGGCCUACGAACUUUCUGGCGUCCUCGACGUUUUGGACCAAGCGAUAGACGCGCUACAGAACGGCCUCGAGUCGGCCCCAGUCUCGAGAGCGUCGGUCAAUAUGCGGAGAGACCUGUACUCUUGCCUAUAUCGGCGCUUUGAGCACACAGGCUGUCUCGACGAUCUGGAUGUCACCGUCGCAGCGACACGACGUAUCGAGAAGAUCGUAUCGGCAAACUCCAUCACGUACUACUCAGAUAAGAGAUGCGUUCUCCUCGAUCUCAGCCGCUUCCUGCGUCUCCGGUUUCGCCUCGCUCAGAAGCAGGAAGACAUUGACGAUGCCAUCGACGUGUUACGACAAAUGGGUGGCUACGAAUUGAACCCUCCAUUUGCCGCAGAUCUCGGCACAUGUUUCCGGUAUCGCUUCGAAAGCCUGGGGCAGGAGAAGGACCUCCAGGAGGCUCUUACAUUCUCUGGACGUGCAGUCAGAAUCGUACACGACAAUGAGCGCAAUAAACCUCGUUGCAUUCAUGAGCUCAGCCUCUGUCUGCGAUUAUCCUUCGACCGUUACGGCGGUCUUGGGGAGCUUGAUGAGGCAAUUGUCCGGAGCUGGGACGCCGUCAACCACCCUCUGGCUAGGCUCAAGUCAACAGACGAUUUCCUCCACAACUUGAGUUACCUUUUGUACUUGCGUUACGAGCGCCUGGGCAAGCUCGAGGAUCUCGACAGUACGAUCGACGUUUGCAAGCGCAGGAUCGCACUGAUGCCGAACUCUUCAAUCGUCAAGAUUGAAGGCCUCAGCCAACUUGAUGUCUAUCUGCGCCGCCGUUUCCAACGCCUUGGGAAGCUCGACGAUCUGGAAGGUGCCAUUGCUGCAGUCCGGGAUGUCGAUCGACUAAGACGGGACGCCGAUCAACUACUCGGACGAGACAUUAUCACCGUGGAAACCGAGGACCUCCACGACUUGUUCGACUCCCGCGUUGAGCGUUUGUCGUUGACUAGCGACGAACUUGACGGUGCUGUCACCAUCCUUCAGAGCAGUAUAGAAGAAUUCUGUGGCAUCUACACCUUGGAUGCCUCGGAGCAGUUCUCAAGUCUGGGCCUGUUCCUCUUCCAUCGCUUUGAGCGAAUGGGGGACUAUAUGGAUUUAGAUGAUUCUAUCGCAGCACUUCGGAAUGCCCUCUUGCUCACACUCAGUCCUCCACAGUCCUUCCCCUUCCACGCCACGGUCGCUCAUCCCUGCGAUGCAGAACAGCUCAUCACACUCGGGCGCUCUCUUCUCAAACGUUUUGAGCACAUCGGCGAGAUCGCUGAUCUCAAGAGCGCUGUGCGAUAUACAAAGCUUGGGAUCGAAGCUAUGCCCAAAGACCACCCUCGUCUACUGCGGGCAGGACUCGUGACCCUUGGCCGUUCUUUGCAUCAUCAUUUUGAUCACUAUAAGGAGUUGGAUGAUAUUGAAGAAGCGAUCCGUGCGAGGCGGCGCGUCGCAGUCGAGCUCACUUCAAAGGCCCACAUUGAUAGGCCAUGUGUCCUCAACGACCUCUUUCUGUCUCUACGAAGUCGUUUCAUGGAGUUCAGAACCAGACAGAACUACGACGAGACGUGCGAAUCCCUCAUGAGUGUCAUGACCGAACCCUUAGGCGACCCAUCAUUGCGCUUGCAUGUGGCUAUGCGUUAUGCCAACUUCCUAUCCGAGUCUCACCCAUUCAGCUCUGCUGAAUCGCUCUUGAAUGCACAUGAACUCAUCAUCAGCAUUCUCCCAGAGAUCGCGUGGCUGGGUCAUAGCCCUCAAAGACGGUUCGCGGAGAUAGCACGUCUCGGCGAGCUCGUGAAUACGGCCGUGGCAGCCGCCAUCCGUGCCGGGUCUCUACGCCAGGCGAUAGAGUGGCUGGAAGCCGGAAGGACGUUGAUCUGGGCACAGAUACUGUCCCUGCGCAUGCCUCUCGACGAUAUCGGAGAUCAUCACCCUGACCUCGCCCGCUCCCUCUUCGACAUCCACUCUGAACUCCAGGGUUCUGCAUACACUGGCGCUGAGCGCCAUCGCGAAAUCGUUCAUCAAUAUGACAUCCUCAUGGGUCAGAUUCGCCAUUGUAUCGGCUGCAAGAAUUUCUUGCGUCCGAGAACGCUUGCCAAUCUCAUCUCAUCACCUGCUUUCAUUCAUUUUAAUGGGACUUUGGUCCUCAUAAACGUAGCCGAAUCUGGCUGUGACGCUCUUGUCCUGUCUUCCACUGGCAAUGUCAAGCUGGUGCCACUUCCUCUCACGCUUCGACGUGCGCGGAACAUGAAUGAGAUCUGGACGAGGCAUGUCGAUCUAUGCGGAUCACGUAGCCGCGGAAUGUCUACGGGCGGGCCCACGGCCAUGCGCAGCGAUUCGGCGAUCUUUGCGCGAGUACUGAAUCGUCUGUGGUUGUGGGUCGUACACCCCAUCCUCAAGACACUAGGCUUCCUACGAGCAUCCAGAAACGACCGCCUACCACACAUCAUAUGGUGUCCGACCGGUCCCCUUACGCAGCUCCCGCUGCAUGCAGCCGGACUGUACGACGAAGAAGCAGGGCACCGUGUAUUCGAUUACAUCGUCUCCUCGUAUACACCUUCCCUCUCGGCCCUCCUCAAAUGUUGUGAUGGCGUCGUCAAGGAGAACCCGGCGCCGAACGUGCUAGUUGUCACACAGCCCGAUACUCCAGGGAGUACCCCUCUGCCUGGCACUCAACUCGAGAGCGCACUCCUUCGCGCCCUUCUUCCAGAGCGAAAGCAGACGCUUCUCGAGCACAAGCAAGCAACAGUCGGAGCUACACUAGCCGUCAUCGACCAUCAUCCCUGGGUACAUCUCGCCUGCCACGGAUCACAAAACCUUGAGGACCCCACGCAAAGCGCAUUCGCGCUUUAUGACGGCCCACUCACUCUCAGCACGCUCAUGGCCACUGUGGCGGGCAAUGCAGAGUUAGCGUUCUUAUCCGCAUGUCAGACAGCGGCAGGCGAUAGCAAGAUCCCAGAGGAGUCGGCACAUCUCGCUGCUGGAAUGCUUGCAGUUGGGUUCAAAGGCGUCGUAGCGACCAUGUGGUCCAUCAGGGACGAGGACGCGCCGGUAGUCGUGGAGGAGUACUACAAGAAGCUGCUCGAAUGUCGGAGUACCGAGUCUCUAGGACAAGGGGAGACGGGUGCGGCGUACGCCCUCCAUGAAGCUACCAGACGCCUCAGGGAGUGGGUGGGGGAGACGGCCUUCGAGAGAUGGGUCCCGUUUGUGCAUUAUGGCGUCUGA